GACAUUUGGUACUCAUUAGGGCUGGAGGGAAGGAGGGCGGGCGCGGGACCAGCCUUUCUUCUGCAGCACAUUUCCCAGCGCCUCGCCUUUCGGUGGCCAGCGUCCAGCUCCCAGCCCCGGGAGGCUCUGCCGUCCCCCGGCCCCCAGCCCGCCGGUGCCAGUCGCCCAUCCCCGCCUGGGCAGCGGCCAUGGGGGAGCGGCCGGUCCUGGGGGCGCUUCACCACCCUGGCUGCUUCUGAAGGCUCCUCAGGAAGUUUUGGGAGCGGGGGGCCGGCGGCGGGGAGCAGCCUCGGCCAUGCUGGCCACUUGCUGAAGCUUCGCCGGGAAGAGCCGUGCCGGGGCGGAUGCGGGAGCUGGGGCGCUGAGGCCUGGACGGGGCAGGAUUGCAGCCAGUGCCCCCCCGCUAGCCCGGGGGCUAUGAGAGCAGACGAGCCAGCAGGAGGAGAAGAGGAGGAGAUGCCGACCUUCAGCUACCGACCAAGUGGCAGGGCACGGACCAGCUGCAGCCAGUGCCAGAAGAACAUCUCUCUCCAGACAGCUGUUAAAGUCCUCUACAUCAUCUCCAUCCUCCUCAUCGUGGCUGUGACCGUGCUGGCUGCCUUGGUAUUCAAGAAGGUUGACUCCAUCUCCAACAACAUCAGCUCAUCCCAAACCUAUUAUGAGAAGAAGAUCACAUCCAUCCAGGAGGACCUUCAAGGGUUGGAUGAGAAGACCUCGGGGAACUGCUCCCUGUGCCAUGAGACGGGACAGCUGGGCCAGGAGAUCACCAAGCUGCAGGGCGAGCUGGAGGAGAUCCAGAAGAUGCUUUUGGUCCAAGAAAUCCUGCUCGACCGGACCUCCCAGACCCACAACCAGCUCUCAUCCACCAGCAACGAGAUCACCAGCGAGGUGGACAGCUGCUCCUCCUCCGUCCAGCAGGUCAACAAAAGCUUGGGGCAGUUCUUGGCCCAGGUCGGGGGCUGGCAGGCGGUCACCUCCCGGCUGGACAGCUCCCUCAAGGGCUUGGCCCGGGAGCGCUACGACGUGCGAGCGGCCGUGCAGCAGAUGAACUUCACCCUGGGGCAGACCUCUGACUGGAUCCAGGCCACCCAGAGGAAGACGGAGGAGGAGACGCUGACGCUGCAGAAGCUGGUGAGCGAGUGGCAGAACUACACCCGGCUCUUCGGCGGGCUGAGGGCCACCUCCUCCAAGACCGGCGAGCUGCUGAGGAGCAUCCAAGGCAGCGUGGGGGCGGCGGCCCGGCAGGUCAGCCAGAACUCGGAGAGCAUGCACGACCUGGUGCUGCAGGUGAUGGGGCUGCAGCUGCAGCUGGACAACGUCUCCUCCUUCCUGGACGACCACCAGGAGAACUUGAACGACCUGCGCUACCACAGCGGGCACGCGGAGAACCGCACGGCCGAGCGCUUCCAGAGCCUGGAGGGCCGCAUGAGCUCCCACGAGGUGGAGAUCGGCACCAUCUUCGCCAACAUCAACGCCACCGACAGCCACGUCCACAGCAUGCUGCGCUACCUGGACGACGUGCGGCUCUCCUGCACCCUGGGCUUCCAUGCCCACGCCGAGGAGCUCUACUACCUGAACCGCUCCCUGGGCUCCCUGCAGGGCACCACGGAGCUGCUGCGGGAGCGUUACAGCCUGCUCAGCGCCCGCCUGGACUUCGACCUCCGCAACCUCUCCGUGGUCAUGGAGGAGAUGAAGGCGGUGGACGUCCGGCACGGGAAGAUGCUGCAGAACAUCACUGUUUUGCGAGGUGUUCCAGGCCUCCCAGGCCCCCGUGGCAUCAAGGGCGAUGUGGGCGUCAAGGGCCCCCCAGGAACCGAAGGAGAGAAGGGUGACACAGGCAGCCUGGGCUCACCAGGACCCCAAGGACCACCGGGCCCCCCGGGACACCCCGGACCUCAGGGUGAAAGGGGACCCCUGGGCUUGAAAGGUUUCCCUGGCCUCAAGGGUGCCAAGGGCAGCUUUGGGCAGUCUGGCUCCCGGGGACAGGGAGGACCCAAGGGAGACUCCGGUCCCCCAGGACCAGCAGGGGGGCCAGGGCCAUUGGGACCCCCUGGCCCACAGGGCAAGCCAGGACUCCCUGGGACCCCUGGGGCUGUGGGGCAGGCUGGCCCCAUGGGGCCCAAGGGAGACCCCGGAUUACGAGGCCCCCCAGGGCUACCGGGUCCCCCUGGCCCCCCAGGACAGUAACCCAGUCUGCUGCCAGCCAGGCUAUCAGGGCAGUGGGGACAAACUGGGGUCCCCACUGCCUCUCCUUUGGACCCCCCCACCGCAUCCUCCACAGGGCUGAGCCUUGCAGGAUGGGGGGGCAGAGGGGUCCCUGUGUGUGUAUUGCCCCCACCCUAGGGCAAGGGUUUGGGGCCGGUCCCCAGCUCUCAGGGAUGCUGCCAGCUCCAGGGUGGGGGGUCCCUGUGGGAUGGGGUGCAGCUGGUUUGUGCCCUUUCCCCCCUCUGGCCAUGUCUGUCCCCCCCCAGCCCUGCGCUGUCCCCCACCAUGUACUCCUGGCACAAUAAAGCUCUAUGGGAACAGGCAGCUCCUGAACUUGGGGACACUGGGGUGGGGGCACAGGGGUGCACCAGAGGAGGAUUCACAGCCAGUGGUGGGGUGCAUGCUUGCAGAGGACACCAAGCUGAGUGGAGUGGUUGACAUGCCUGAAGGACAGGAUCCAUCCAGGUGGACCUGGACAAGCUGGAGCAGCGGGCCCAUGUGAAUCUCAUGAGGUUCAGCAAGGCCCAGGGCAAGGUCCCACAACUGGGUUGGGGCAACCCCCAGUACCAAUCCAGGGUGGAGGAUGAAGGGAUGGAGAGCAGCCCUGUGGAGAAGGACUUGGGGGUACUGGUGGGUGAAAAGCUGGACUUGAGCCAGCAACGUGCACUCACAGCACAGAAGCCAACUGCAUCCUGGGCUGUGUCCAAAGCAGUGUGGCCAGCAGGUCAAGGGAGGGGAUUCUGCCCCUCUGCUAUGGCGAGACUCCACUUGCAGUGCUGCGUCCAGCUUCGGGGUGCUCAGCACAGGAGAGAACUGGACCUGUUGGAGCAGGUCCAGAGGAAGAGGCCACAACGCUGAUGUGAGGUUUGGAACCCCUCUGCUGUGAGGACAGGCUGAGAGAGUUUGGGUUGUUCAUCCUGGAGAAGAGAAGGCUCCAGGGAGACCUUUUUGCACUCUUUCAGUGCUGGAAUGGACCCCAGAGGAAAGCUGGAGAGGGACUUUUCACAAGGGUGUAGAAUGGUAGGACAAGGC